AUGAAGCCUGGCGCCUCAUCACUCACCGCCGCAGCACCCGCCCAGCGCAUCGCCCACCUCGCCCGCACAAUGUCGUCGUCGUCGUCAGCCGCCGGCGCCGGCGCCGCGACAAGCAGCGCCCCGGCACCAUGGCGCUCCCUCUUUCUCGAACACAUCAACACAAUGGCGGCGCCGGAAUUCACCCUCGCGACGCUCCACAGCAACAGCAGCAGCGGCAGCGGUCCCGGCCUCGUCCCGCGCGCCCGCACCUGCAUCCACCGCGGCCUCUUCGCCUCGCUGCCCGUGAACCCCAAGAACGAGGCGCCGCUGAACCCGCCCGCGUACGAGUCGGACCUCCUGACGCUGACGACGGACGCGCGCAUGCACAAGACGCCCGACCUCGCGGCCGGCCACCCGGUCGAGGCCGUCUUUUGGGCGCGCGAGCCGGCGACGCAGUGGCGCGUCCGCGGCGUCGCGUACGUGCUGCCGCGCGACGCCGAUGGCGAUGCGGCGCUGACGGCGAGGCUGCUGCGCGAGAUGCGGCGCACGGGCGAGGGUGACAGCGACGACGCCCACGGCUGGAGCUUCUCGCGCGAGGUGACGGCGCAUUUUGGGAAUCUGAGCCCCGUCAUGCGCGGGACGUUUCGCAACCCGCCUUCCGGGACGCCCGUCGCGGCCGGGCCGCCGGUCGAGGGCGAGGGUCUCGGGCAGGUCGUUACGGAUCUCGAGGACGAGGUGGCGAGGGCCAACUUUCGCGUCGUCGUCGUUGUGCCGGACGAGGUGGACCGCGUGGACCUGAGCGACCCCAAGAGGGGGCGGCGGUGGUUGUACCGUCGUAUGGGCGGCGUCAACGACGACGCCGGUGGUGACACAGUACCAGGGGCCAUCCGCGAGGGCGACUGGGAGAAGGUGGAGGUGUGGCCGUGA